AUGGUGCUCCUCACUUCCUCCCAAGUCUCCGUCCUCAUCUCCUCGGCCAUCGCGGCGAUCCGCGUUUGCGUGCUUCGCCACUCCGUGCAAACGCUUUUCCCCUUGAAAAUAGUUGUAUCGUGUACUACGGCCCUCUUUCUUAGCGGCUACGUGAUCCAACAGCGCACGCUCAGCCAGCUGCGCGAAGCUAUCAAGCCCGAACUACGGCCCUCUCCAAAGGCAUCGUACUACGUUCCCGAGCACCUAAAGGAUGCCGCAGGCAACGGGCAGAACGCACCGCUCUACGGCGCGAAUGGGAAGCAGGAGCAGAUCGUAAUCGAGGUGAACCCCACGGUGCCCGAAAAGCAUAGGCAACAGCAGCAGCAAGGGAAGAAGCCAAAGGCCGGACUGCAACCCGCAAGGUGGACAUCCGGCAUGUGGCAGAAGAUGAUGGGGCCAUCGGAAAAAGAGGAAAAGGGCGGGAUCAGUAGGGAAGACCUGGAGAAGAUGGACGAGAGGGAGAGAAACAUCAACGGCUGGAACGUGAAGGACCAGGCGAACCCCGACCCCGAAGCAUCGAACCAGAAGCCCAUCAGCCGUGCCGAGAGGCGGCGGUUGAUCAAGGAAGAGCUGAGGCGGCUGUCGGAAAGCGAAGAGAGGGUUUACUACCAGCGACGACUGUGGUAG